AUGGCCGCUGCGCUCAUUCAAUCUCAGCAACUUCCCUCCAACUUCACCCAGCUUGUCGCCCACACGUCGUCACCGGAUGCCAGCUUCGACUCAACCCAAAUCUUUCUUGCGGCCGCGGCACUCUCAUUGACUAUGACCUCACUCUCAGAACCCCGGCGCGUCGCCGAGAUCAUGCUCUCCUGGCUUGGACUCGAGCUUGUCUCCCUAACCGAGCUCCAAACUCUUUGGGCCGGCUACGGACACAUAUGCGCCAUCACCGCGAAAACUGUCAAUAUGGACAGAGUAGUUGGCUCUCCAAAGACUUCGCCCGCAAUUCGGCAAGAGGCAGACGGCACCUACCGUCUCAUCAUCAAGCUCAUCUCACCGCCACGCGCCAAGGGGAGAGACGAGGGUCACUUGCGCAAGAUGCUUAGCUACGAGGUCGAGCAGUAUUUUUAUCAAGAGAUCGCGCCGCGUUUAUCACAUGAUGUUGCGGUUGCGCAGUGUGUCGCUUCGACUCUAGAUAUGGAAGGAAAGCCCCGAGCGGAGGAGUUGCAAGGGCUCACCGGGACCAUCAUCACCGACCUUCGCCCGCAGUUCCCAGUCGCAGGAGAGAAGAGACUGGUACUCAACAGCCGCCAGGUGCACGCUUCGUUGGAUUGGUUGGCAAAGUACCACAGCAGCUCUUGGGCCUCACUGCCGGAUAAUCUUGAUCGGUUCGUGCUGCCGCCGCUUGAGGAGCUCAGAAGGAGGGAGGCUGGCAAUGGGCCCUCCGAGUCCAAGCUAUGGCUUAACGGUGGUUACACAUAUCUCGCCACCCGAAGGAAGGAAUACGAAUCACUGUGCACAGACGAGUAUUCGGAAUGGUCGUCCGCCUUUUGCGAUCCUGUCGAGGGCGUAUCAUCGUCGAUCGCCGAGCUGGUAGCCAAGUUCCUCACUCCCUCUGGUAGACCGUUCGAGACAUAUAUCCACGGCGAUGUCAAGUCUGAAAACCUUUUCACGACCCAGGCCGGCGACAAAGUGGCAAUCUUCGACUUCCAGUACGCCGGGUUGGGAGUCGGAGGCUGUGACCUCGCAAAACUGUUCACCUGUUCAGUCCCUGUUGAGAUGCUGACGCAUCAUGAAAACAUCCCUGACCAUUUGCCUAUGGAUAAGGGCGAGAAAUCCCUACUAGAGCAGUACCGGGAGACGCUUCUCAGCCAGAAGCCGUCAGGCAAAGGUCCUGCAGACUACGAUUGGGACACCUUUGUGCGCCAUUGGGAAACUGCUCUCGUCGACUGGUGUCGUUUCCAGGCAUCUUGGGGUUUUUGGGGGAACACAGAGUGGCUUGAGGCUAGAGUCCGUUAUAUCCUUGCUGACAAUGAAUGGAGGAAGUGGCUCAAGAGGGAAGUGCAGAUGUAA